AUGCACCCACAACUAGAUAAGAACAGAUUUGACACUUGCGAAAAACUUAUGGACGCAUUAGAAGAAUGCCAUCGACAAGAAUUCCUCAAACAGUGUCUUGGGUUAUGUAAUUUCGAAAAGGAACAAUUGAGUCAAUGUUUGCACUACACUAGAAUUAAUGAUGCUAAAGAACGUAUUAGACAAAGUAGAGAAAAACAAGCACAGAUGAAGUUGAAGCAGAAACAAAGAGAGGAAGAGGAGUAUGGUAAGAAUGGGUACUUGAGAAAAGUUAUUGAGUUGGAGAUGCAAAAGAAGUAG